UUAAAACCUAUAGGAAAUUUGCGACGUUAUCGUUUGUAAUACGACAAUAAUUAUGACCACAUUAUGCUUUGAUGUAUCUGGAUUAUCGAUGGACGACCGCUUCCAAAAAUUGGGGUGUAUGCUUGACGCUGUGGAAACGGUAUUGAGAAACCAGGUACAGCAAAAAGACCACCUGAUGAUUCAUCUAUCUGCUUAUAAUCACUUCAAUGCUCCAGAAGCAAAUACAAAUGGUAUCAAUCUCGAGGAUUUGCAAACAAUAAAGGUUAACGAGCCCGACAACAGUGUGGCAGCUGUUAAUAAUGAGAACCACAAUAAUUUACCAAAUGCAUGUAGCGGCAACGCCAACAGUUUGCCAACGCCAACAGAAAAUAAAAGUAGCUACAAUAAUUUGCCAGAGCCAUCGGCCAUCAAUGUUGGCAACCAGAACAAUUUGCCAGUAGCAAAAAUUAUCAACCAAGACAUCCCUAUGCCUGACAAUUUCAGUAUAGAGGUUCCAUUGGUAAACGGUUUGCGCGAAAUAGGUGGUUUAAAAACAGUAAAAAAUGAGCUUUUUACGUUGGUGGUAUUACCAAAAUUGCAACCCCAGCUAUACAGUAGAAUUAAUCGCUGUUGUUCAGUAUUGUUGUAUGGACCUCCUGGUACUGGCAAAACAAGGCUGGCGCAUGGAUUAGCUGCUGAAUCAGGAGCAGUUUUUCUCUCUCUCUCAGUUCGAGACAUUUUGUCAUCAUUUGUAGGAGAAACUGAAAAGAACAUGGGAAAACUCUUCGAUUAUCUAAGAACCACCAAGAGCUAUACGCUUUUGUUUAUUGAUGAAAUUGAUAGUUUGUGCAGAGGUCGCACUUCUUCAGAAGCUGAUUAUUCAAGACGAAUAAAAACGGAACUAAUGUGCCAGCUAAACAAAAUGGAACAGUUGCGAAACUGCGUUAUACUAGCAGCGACAAAUUGUCCCUGGGAUUUGGACGCUGCGUUUUUACGACGAUUCCAAAAACAUAUUUUUGUUCCUUUACCAACCGCAGAAGAUAGGAUCGAACUGUUUCAAAUUCUCGCUAAAGACCUUUCCAUAUUUCAAAAUCAGGAACAGCUCUCUGAAUUUAUAAGUGUAACCGAAGGUUUUACUGGCUCGGACAUUGCCAAUUUGGUCAAUGAUGCCCAGCAUAUGCCUUUGAAUGAAUUGGAAUACGCGAAAUUAUGGAGGUUCACACCGGACGGGUGUUUCGAACCGAUUAUUAAUGAAGCGGAGUUGCUGACCAAUGGAAUCGUUAUCGAAGUGAGCGAAUUAAAAAAUUUGCCGCCCGGUUCAGUAAGAUGUAGACCCGUUACGGUUAGGGACUUUUUAGAAGCUGCAAAGAAGGUUCAUGUUACCGCGAGAAUGGAAGAUAUACAGAAGUAUGAGAACUAUAGGAACAAUAAAUAAAACGCUUCAGGAUGAAACAACUUUUGAGUUUCACCUGAAAAUAUCUUAUUACAUCAAUUUUUCGUUCGUUAAGGUGGCGAGAGUCAGUGUAAAUUUAAGUAGUGACAAAUGAUGGAAAACUUUUUCAAUCGGUUAUUUGAAAAAAAAUAUCAUGUUCAGCUAACUCGCCUCGCUUUCAGUAGAUUUAGUUUAUUUUAGGAAAAUGUUUUGUAAAUUUACUAUUUCCAUAUAGGUAAGAUGAAUUGUAUAUAUUUAUUACUUUUUUCACAAUUAUUUAAACAACAAACUCAUAUCCACUUAUCCAUGAAGUGACUCUACUCUGUUACUUACUGUUCC